CGCUGUUACAUCUACCACGCCCACAAUGAGUAAAGGAAAUGCCAACAACGGUGAUGGUGUUCCUGGAUAUUUUUUUAUAUUGGAAAACGGAUUUGGACUUGUGGGCACUGCGUUUUGGUCCUUUCAAUUAGUGCCUCAAG